AGAUAUAAAAUACCUAGUAAUCAAACCGCGUUUUAAUCAAAAUUGUUUAACAAUAAAUCAUCGAAAUGUUAAAAGUAUUUAUUGUAACUUUUUUUGCUUUUCAACUCAGCGCUAGUUCAAACGGACAAAGGGUUGCAGUGUCCUUUCCUAAGGAUAAAACGACAAUAGUCGUGGAGGCCAUGAAAAGCUGUAUCGCGAAGACAGGAGCGAAUCCGAACGUUAUAGAAGUGAUCAGUAGCGGCAAGGUAUCUGAAGAUGAAAAAUUCAAAGAAUUCUUUUACUGCACUUGCAAUGAUAUAGGAGUUGUAAAUCCUGACGGACACAUAAAGGUUAAAGAGUGUAUUGAGCUCUUCCCAAAAGAAACACAGCCACUGGUUGAACCUGUCAUUAAGAAUUGUGAUAAAGAAGGGGUCAAUAAAUACGAUACACUUUUUAAAUUUUUAAAGUGCUUUCAAGAAACGUCUCCAGUUCGUGUUGCGCUAGCAUAAAUCUUAAAAGUUUCUAAAUUUGCGGAUUCCUUUUAAAAUAUAUCUAAUUAUGGCCUGUUUAAUUUAUGAAUAAUUGCAAUAAUUUAUUAGAGCCAAAACACAAAAUAAAAGCAUUACUUUCA